AUGAGUGUUAGAAGUUUAGCCGCUGGCAAUGGCCCCAGUAAAAAAACCAGAAGAAGUAAAAAGAGAAGAACCGCAGAAGUGUCCGAUUCCGAUUCCUCGUCAUCUUCAUCGUCAUCGGACAGUGAAUCAGAACAACCAACGCGAAACAGCGGAGAAACAGCGUCUGGUGGUGCAAUUAAAGAUAUUGCAGUAGAAGAGUUAGAUGUGGAGCUCUCAGACCUCGAAGAAGAUAGAAAAAAUGAUGUCAUUGGCGAGAAUGAAGACGAAGUUCUUGAUAAAGCUACUCGUCAAAUACUAAACGACAUUCCACUCACCACAACAGAACUAUCAGAGAAGUCUCGCAAGAACGUGAACAAUAUAGACCUAACCAAAAUUCAGCAGACGAUACAGGAGGCUCAGGAAAGAGUUUCAUUUUCCAAAGACGAGGGACAGCUUAAAAAUGCAUACUUAAGUGUGUUGUUCAAGCACUACGGUGAAGACGUAAACUCGCUCAGAGAAGCCCAAGAUUUUACACCAAAAUCACUUGUACUUUUGGCCAAUGUUCUGAAAGAUGGCGGCAACAUGUUCGACAUAGAUACGUUGAGGACUGUGGUUGAAUCUGAGCAGUAG